UUUAAUUAACAAAAGUUGUAUUAUAAACUAUAAUGUUAUCAAAUUUAACAAAACUAUCCAUAAUAAAAUCAUUAAACUCUGAAUUUUUAUUUAGGGAGGUACAAAUAGAUACAUUGUGCAACUUGCUUAUAGAAGACGAUGUUUUACCUCCAUGUGUAUUUGUCCAUGGUUUACCAUCUGUUGGCAAGACAAGUUUAAUUAGUCGUUUAUUGUUUUAUAUUCGUGAUUCAACUAAAACUUCAAUUGUGAAUUCUGUGUGUUGUUAUACAAAUCGAGUUUUAUUUGAAUCUAUUUUGAAAGAUUUGUUACAAAUCAAGCAAAGUGAUUUGCCUCAUAGAUGUGAUAAUUUUAUGCAAUUCAUAAAUGUUUUAAAACAAUUUAGCAUUCAAAAAGAAAGAGUGAUCAUAGUGUUGGAUAAAUGUGAAAUGUUGGCACAAGAACUUAUUGUGGUAUUCUCAAAACUACAAGAGUUUAUCAAAAGUCAUCAGCUUUGUGUUAUAUUUGUUAGCCAAGUACUCCCAACUAAAUUUGAUGAAGAUAUCAAUUUUAUACCAAUAAUACUUGAACAGUAUAAUAGCGUUGAAAUUAGUGAAAUAUUAUUAAUCGAUAAGCCAAAUGAUUGGAGUAUAGAAGUUUACAAAAAUUUUCUUACUGUUUUUAUUGGAUCUUUUAUUGGAAACUGUCGAGAUUUGAUAGAAUUAAAACACUUGGCGAAAAUUCUUUUUGUGAAGUAUGUAGAGCCAAUUCAAGAUGGAUCAUGUGCAGAAUUAAAUCAAAACUUUUUAUUUAGAAAAAUAAGUCCUACUAUUCAAUUAUUGUUGAACAAUGUUUACCUAGGAACUAGUUUAGAAAGUGUGGAUAGUUUGUCUGAUGAAAAAAUCAAAUUUGAAAAGUUUGCACUGGAUUUACCGUAUUAUGCAAAAUAUUUUUUAAUCGCUGCAUACAUUGCAUCAUUCAAUUCACCUAAGUAUGAUAGAAAAUUAUUUGUAAAAGCUUCAAAUAAACGGAAAAAAACCAAAUUGCCCAAAAAAUCAGAUAAUUCCAUUAGUGAACUAGUUGGUCCUAAAAAUUUUUCGUUGGAUAGAUUAUUAGCAAUAUUUUAUGCUAUUAUUGAAGAAAAUACUAAUAUGACUGCCAAUCUUUUAGCACAAAUUAAUACAUUAGCUGACCUAGGACUAUUGAUGCGUUUUGGAGAUGGGAAAUUAGAUACUCCUAAAUACAAAUGUAGCGUUAGUUAUGAUUGUAUCAUAAAUAUUGCACGAACUGUGAAGUUUAAUAUAGAUAAGUAUCUUAUAGAUCAAUAAUAAGUUAUAUUUACUUCAAGAUUUAAAUCUGUGUAUGUACUAUACCAAUUAUAUUAAAUUUUUUUUUUUAUUUAACGAAAACAUUUCAUAUUAUUGUCUUACC